AUGUUUAAAGCUGGGCACAUUAGUGAUGAAAAACGUGUGCUCAACAACUCAACCACGUUCAUGACUUGCAAGACGACUAUUGGCCACUGGAUUUCACCUGCUAAUAAGCAACACAAGUAUACAAUCACAAAAUACAAACUAGACUUCGUUCCGGGACCGUACGUAAAGUUAUGGGGAGGUGCAGUGGCUACCAUAGUGCCAAAUGACAAGGAACAUGUUUGGGGAGCAGUUUGGAGAAUGCAGAGCGAUGCUCUUGUUACAUUAGAUAAGCAGGAGGGAGUCGAGAUCAAGCAAUACUUUGCAAAGACCGUGGACGUGCAUAUUGACAAUGGGAAAAAGGCCAAGUGUCGGACUUAUCAACACUUAACUACCCCUCCAAUUCUCGACUCGUUGACAAAUCUUCCUGAAGACAGAAGACCAUCAAUCACAUACAAAAAAUGUAUUAUCAAUGGCGCUAUUGAAUGCAGUAUACCAGACGAAUAUAUUGCUAAGUUAAAACAUAUACCUGAUAACGGAAACUACGCCAGUGACGAGAUCAGAAAGCGAUUAAAAUUUUAGUAAACUAAUGUAAAUUCAUCCCAGUAUUUAAGUUAUUGAGAGAUCAAUGUUGUGCUCUUUUUGAAAUUAUUAUUGUUUUGCAAGUAUGCAAAAUAAACAUCUGCAGCAAUGCUAACUCAAAA